AUGAGGCGCAGCGGCGCGUUAAGCACUGCAUGGGAUUUGGCAGCUGCAGCGUUGUGCAUUGCGUGGCGGGUAUUUAGUGGUGCGUUUGAGCAGGUGAUGCGGUGGUGUGCGUGCGCGGUGAUGGAGGUUGAAUACUGUUUGCUGACUAAGUGGAAUGUUGGGAGUUGGCUAGGAGGAUUUGAGUGGCCGAUACUUGUUGGAGUGGAUGGCUUCGCACACGGCAAGACGGGCAGCUAA